GUAUUUUCUGCCGGGGACUGCGUUCUCAUGCAGCCGUCGGAUCCUUCAAAGCCAUCCUACAUGGCGAAGAUCGAGCGGAUUGAAGCGGACGGCCGUGGGACCAAUGUGAAGGUCCACGUGAGAUGGUACUACCGGCCCGAGGAGUCCAUUAGCGGCCGACGUCAAUUCCAUGGCUCCAAGGAGGUUUUCCUCUCCGAUCACUACGACGCACAGAGCGCCGAUACCAUUGAGGCCAAGUCUACGGUCCACUCCUUCAAGAGCUACACUAAGCUUGAUGCCGUUGGGAACGACGACUUCUUCUGUCGUUUCAAGUACAAUUCCUCCAGCGGAGCUUUCAAUCCCAACAGAGUCGCCGUGUAUGUAAGCGAAUCAUUCGGGUUUUUUCCCCCUUUGUUUUUUUUUUUUUUUUUUUUUUUUUUUUUUUUUUUUUUUUUUUUUCAGUUUAUUGUUAUUGUUUGAGUUACUUUUGUGAAA